CAAACACACCCCACACUGACUGUACAUCACCUCCCAACACAGCCCAACACUGACUGUACAUCACCUCCCAGCACAGCGCGGACCAAGCAUAAUAAGAUGGAAUUGGUUGUAAUGUUGCAUAUUAUAGCAUAAACCACAAACAUAUAUAUAUAGAGAUAAAUAAUUGUAAUUAAAUGUUGGAGGAGUGUAUUAAUGAUGACACAGGAACAGUGGGGAUCUGUGCAGAAAGAGUACUGCAAUGGGAAGGUCAGCAUCGUCCCGCACAUGCGCACCAGGUAAUGCUGGAUCUCAGCGCGAGGGUCGCCGGGAAGGCGGGAAAGUUGAAGGUGUUUUGCUGUGUGAGUGCGGGCACUGCGGGAGUCGGUGCGGACACUCUGUCUGUCUCUGUGUUGUUGUCGGCAUUACCUGUGUGUCUGUUUCCGUGUGCACACUCGCUCUGCGUGUGGCCGUCUGGACACUGUCGGACACCCGCUCGCCGUCUCUCUGUGUCCGUCAGACGCUGCCUCCCUGCGGCAGCUGCAGUCGUAGACGUCGGUCGUGGCGAGCGGCUGAUAUGAGAAGAUCCGCAGCUCCGAGCCAACUCAGCGGGAACCCGGUGAAAAGGUUCCGGUUCGUCCCACCUGGCAACACUGACACCCAGAAGCUUGGCUCGGGAACUGCUGAACAACCGCCUUUAACCAUCCCCCAGAAGAGCCACCAGGUACCUUAUGAAAAUGAUGAUCAGCAUUCCAUGCCACCAUCCAAAGCUUUUGGUAUGAUAUGUGGGCCAAAUCAGAAUGCCCGUUAUCACUCUGCUCCAACAAAUGUGGAUGAAAGUAGUCUCCUGGAGAAAUCCAAAUCAAAACCUUCAUCUGCAUCACUUGCUCUUUCUCCAGAAGCAUUAAGUACAGGUCGGGGUGAUGAUCCAAUCCCUCAACAGCGACCGAAAAUAUCUCAGGCAUUUUUAGUACCAAAAAAAAGCCACGUGCUGCCACCACCACUGCAGCAAACUGAUCCAGCACAGCACAAAGGAGAGCAAGAUACACCAGAUUCCCUUACCAAGUACUACAAUGUUUUAUGGUGUAAGGCAUCAAAGAAGAAACACAAGAAAUGGGAGGGAGAUGCCAUUUUGAUUACCCGAAGGAAGUCUGUGAUCCUCAAGGACAUGGAGGGCAGAGACAUUGGAAAAGCAGCAGGAUACAAAACAAAAGAACUGGAAACCCUUUGCGAAGGCCAGACCUUGAUGAUUGGCGGGAAGGAGAUAGAGAUCAUGGGGCUGGUCUCUGCGGAGGACUUUUUGAGGGGCCGGUGUUUUCACGCUAGUGCUUCGUCAGAACCAGUACAUCCAACCCCCUCACAGCGACCUGUCCUGAAACCAUUUUCUAACCCAUUGAAGAACGGUGCUGGGCCCAGUCAAACAGAAAAUGUUAAAAAAGCCAUGUGGGAUUGCAAGACUCGACAUGAUCCCAAUGCACCAAAUGCUUUAGUAAUGCCACGGCCAAACCUAAGUCACCAGUGGAUUCACAAUAAAGCUACUCUCCCACUGGUGGAUGUGGUGGUGGAUCCUUACCUUUGUGCGCACCUCCGGCCUCACCAGCGAGUUGGUGUGAUCUUCCUGUAUGAGUGUGUGAUGGGGAUGAGAGCAAAUGGCAGGUUUGGUGCCAUCUUAGCCGAUGAAAUGGGUCUGGGGAAGACCUUGCAGUGCAUCACUCUACUUUGGACCCUCAUGCGGCAAGGGCCGUAUGGUAACAAACCCAUCUUCAAGAGGUCACUGGUGAUAACCCCGGGGAGUCUGGUGAAAAACUGGAACAAAGAGUUCCAGAAAUGGCUCGGAACAGAGAGGCUGAAGGUUUUUGCAGUAGAUCAGGAUCACAAAGUUGAAGACUUCAUCAGUUCUCCUCUCUAUUCCGUCCUCAUCAUCAGCUACGAGAUGUUACUGCGAUGCUUGGAACAACUUCAAAACCUGGAAUUCAGCCUAAUAAUUUGUGAUGAAGGACAUCGUUUAAAAAAUAGCUCAAUUAAGACAUCCACAGCCAUCCUUACACUCCCUUGUGAGAAGAGGGUGAUCCUUACUGGUACCCCAAUACAAAAUGAUCUUCAGGAGUUCUACUCUAUAGUAGAAUUUGUGAAUCCAGGAAUACUUGGAUCUGCUUGCAUUUACAGGAAGAUCUAUGAGGAGCCCAUCAUCAGGUCCCAACAACCGUCUGCAACAACGGAGGAAAAGCAGUUGGGUGAAGAAAGAGCAGCAGAGCUUUACCGUUUAACUGGGCUCUUCAUACUCCGACGCACACAGGACAUCAUUAACAAUUACCUCCCUUCAAAGACCGAGUGGAUUAUCUUCUGCCGCCCAGUAGCUCUGCAGCUUGAAGUGUAUCACAAACUCUUGGCUACCCGUGCAGUCAAAUCCUGCCUGCAGGGAAAGCUGGAGAACAGUUCCCACUUAGUGUGCAUUGGAUUCUUGAAAAAACUCUGCAAUCAUCCUUCACUUCUCUUCAAUACAAUAAAGGGAAAGCAGACUAACUCUGUAAAACCCAGAUUUGGUGAUGUUUUGGAAUUUAACGAUUACAAAGAUCUGGCUGGCAUCUUUCCAGAGAACUAUGAACCCGGCACAUUUACUGCCAAGGAUUCAGGGAAACUACGGGUACUGACUGAUCUGUUGGCAGCCAUUCAUCAUCAGACUCCAUCUGAAAGAGUUGUGCUGGUUUCAAAUUAUACUCAGACACUGGACAUCCUGCAAGAAAUGUGCAAGUGUUCUGGGUAUACCUACACCCGACUGGAUGGACACACCCCUGUCGCCCACCGACAACAAAUUGUAGACUUAUUUAACAGCAAGCAAAGUGAAACUUUCAUCUUCCUAUUGAGUUCAAAGGCUGGAGGAGUGGGAUUAAAUCUGAUUGGAGCAUCUCGUCUGGUUCUAUACGACAUUGACUGGAAUCCAGCAACUGACAUGCAGGCUAUGGCCAGAAUAUGGAGAGAUGGUCAAAGGAGAACUGUGCACAUCUACAGACUGCUCACUGCAGGGACCAUAGAAGAAAAGAUUUAUCAGCGACAGGUCAGUAAGCAAGGUUUGUCUGGAGUGGUGGUAGACCUAAGAAAGAAGAGUGAACAUGCCAGCUUUUCCGUGGAGGAACUCCGAACCCUUUUCAAAUUGGAUGAAACCUCAAGCUGCCUCACCCAUGACCUCCUCUGCUGUAACUGUGGGGGCAAUGGAGAGGUGUUGGCUUGCCCCACUGCUGAGAAACCUUCAACUGCCAGGCCCUGCCAACUGGGCCAGAACUCCGGGUCUGCUUCUCAGAAACACCUCUCCAUGUCUGAACUCAUGUGCUGGAAGCACUUUUCUGGAGAAAUUCAACAGUUUCCUGAUCCCCAUCUUCAGACAGCCAGGGAAAACAUCACUUUCAUCUUUCAGAAUACAUCAAAACACCGCAGCCCACAUCUAGCUGAGGGAAGGAAAGAGAAAGGAAAUACAGAGGUGAAUGAAUGAACAGUGUGAUAAAUUGCACUCCCUCCCUCCUAUUCUUCAUUGCAAAAGAUACCUUUGUUGUUUGAAUGCUCUUUUGCUUGUGCAUGACCUUGCAGUCUAUGAACAAUUCUUUCUCUUUUUGGCUUGAUCAUUUUCCCUCUUAUGUUUCCCCCACCCCCAGCUUUAUUUCCUGUAAACGUACCAGGUUUUCUCCUGUACUUCAUAUGUAAGUGUGGGCAAUGUGUUCAGGGUGUUCAACCACACUGACAUUUUGCAAAUCCAAAUCCGUUCUCGCCCAAUGUCCACAUACAGUAUGUGCACACACUCUGCAGCAGGGUCAUUGCAUAACAAACACGAUCAGGAACCUUGUCCAUCUCUUUCCUAACUCAGGGAGCACUGAGACCAAUUCAAGCACCCUUAUGACUGCUCUGGCUGAAAUCAUCUAACUCAACAGAUUGAUGAUCAAAACUUUCACCUUGCUUGUAUGGUGUAUUGUAGUAGCUAAGAACAGUAUCCUUGCACACAGCUUGAUAUCUACAUAACUAUGAAAUCCUGGGAAGCGCUUUGAGACUGCCUCUCAACAUGAAAGGAGCUAGUAUCAAAUGCAAGAACGAUUUAUUAUUUACCUGCCCAUUUGUUUCAGUAGGGAUCAGAGACAUUGAGAUCAACUCCCUUAUGCACUCCCUCAAUUAAUCUUGUGAAGCUAACAACACAGACCAGGUAUCAAGCCAAGGACCACAGGGUCUGUUUGGCUCAUUACUACAGUACAUGCUGCUUGUACCACUGAGCAACCAGUCAGAUACUUUAAAAAAAAAUGAAUGUGUCCAGAUACUUUUCUCAUUUAUUCUCUGAUGGUAUGUGUUCCUGGUCUGGUCUCCUCUUGGUGGGGUUUGAUACCACAGGCGCAGCACCUGGUCGGUAAGCUGUGGUGCCAUCCACUUACUUGUCUAUACCAUCCUGAGAAGCCCCUUUUCUACAUUUUGUUUCAAACAUUGUUUCUAAUUAAUAUUUUAGAGGAAGUAAUACAUAAUUUCCUGACAAAUAUUUGUUCAUAUAAAGUUAUGGUAUCUUUACUUUCUAAAGUUGCAGUGUUAUGUUGAGGAAUUGUGGGGGUGCAUUUUAUUGUGCAUUUGCAUUGUAUUAAUUACCGCUCAUAAAAUUUAGUAAACAUGAUAUUUAGCAUGUACACUGGUACACUGUGCUAAAGACACACCCCCUCAACACCUAUUGUCUGAGAAGCCAGUUGCACGGUACUUUAGAUUCCUGUAAUACAGUAUUUGUGGUUAGAGGCAUACAACUUUAUUCUGAUUUUUUUUGUUUAGUUAAGGCAAUUUCUUGGUACAACCAACACACUAGUUUGUUUGAAUGUUUUCUUGUCUGCAAUAAAAAUGUUAUUGAACAGGA